AUGCCAGGCUUUGACUUCACAAACUACAACCGCAAUGCCGCAUUGCAUGCACGAGGUGUGCCUCUACCCAAAGCCACAAGUACCGGUACUACCAUCGUAGGAUGCAUAUACGACAAUGGUGUUGUGAUUGCCGCAGAUACCAGAGCUACGAGUGGUCCCAUAGUUGCAGACAAGAACUGCGAAAAACUACACUACAUCUCCCCCAACAUCUGGUGUGCUGGAGCAGGAACUGCGGCCGACACUGAAUUCACGACUGCUUUGAUCUCCUCCAACCUCGAACUCCAUUCUCUAUCCACCGGUCGGCAACCUCGCGUAGUCACCGUCAUGACUAUGCUGAAGCAACAUCUUUUCCGAUACCAGGGACAUAUUGGCGCAUACCUGGUUGUGGCUGGAGUUGACCCGACGGGAGUGGGAUUGUUCACAGUCCAUGCUCACGGUUCUACGGACAAGCUGCCAUACGUCACCAUGGGUUCUGGAUCGCUUGCUGCAAUGGCAGUCUUCGAAUCGACGUGGAAGAAGACCAUCAACCGAGAGGGAGCAAUCAAACUUUGUUCGGAAGCCAUCAUGGCCGGUAUCUUCAACGACUUGGGGUCUGGAAGCAACGUCGACGUCUGUGUGAUCGAGAAGGAUAAGCCAUCGCAAUUAUUGAGAAACUAUAUCACUCCCAACCAGCGGGUGAAGAAGGAACGCAACUACAAGUUUGCCCGGGGCACAACAGCAGUACUGAACGAGAAAGUCAUCACCAAGGAAGAUCUGGGUCGAUACAUCACCGUUCAAGAGCUUGGAUCUGGCAGUGAUUCAGACAGCCUCGUGGUAGUGGAGAAGAUGGACGUGGAUGAAGUUUGA